GUUCUCCGUGGCCGCCAUCUUAAGAAUAGGCAAAAGAAAGGCUUACAAGGAUCAAUAAAAGAAAAGUGUGAAGAACAAGCGCCCUUAACUAACAUGGCUACCGUAGACGCUUACCCUUCAUUGAGUCCUGGAGACCCGUGUGCUAGUCAGCCGACCUGAUUAGAGCACUUCGAUUGGCUGAAGGUUCUGAGAGAGGCUUUAGAGUGCUUCCACUGUACUUCCCGUCGCAUGGAUGGCUUCUUUAUCAGAGGUGGUUCGGCUAUGCUGAGUUAAUGUCUACCGUUCAUUGAGGAGAGACCGCGAUGAUCACGGAACUAGCCUGACCUGAUUUGAAUGAAAAUCUCACAUUGUUGCACUUAUUACCUCAGUGUGGCAAAUGAAAGGACAUCAAAGAUGUGCUGUUAUCAAUCCUCUCUUUUUUUUACAUUUGGGAAAGAGAUGAUCUCAUUUUGAAAUGAGCUUAUAGUGUUUCCUUCUGAAGACUGAUUCAGUUUGAUGAAACACUAACAUUUAUCAUUGACUUCUGCCUUAUCUCAUCCCAUGUUUUUCAGUUUUGACAAGGCUUUUGAUAUACCUUGAUUCCACAAGCUACACUCAUUACUGGACUGUUCCUUUAGGAAUUUCUCCUAGAGGUUUAGUUUUCUGGCAUCAUGGUAUUUUUUUGCCAAAUGAGCAGCUGGGUUUUGCCAACGUUACUGAAGACGUAUCCCAUGCCAAGGCUUCAACAGUUGCCUCCUGUCUUUAGGUGCUUAAUUUUCACUACUUCGGAUCAGUGUGCAAAACCAGUGGAUCCCAAAGCUAUUCUUCCAGGAGCUACUACAUUCAGUUCUAGAGAUAGAGAUGAAGGCAUAAGGGAGACCAGAGUUGGGAAAGGCUACUCUUCUCCGCGCCCUUUUAAUCUGUUUGCUGCUGGAGCAUCAAAGAGGAGAUCAAUGCCCCACAAAGCCAUUGAAGAGGCAGAGCACCCCAUUUUGAGGAAGCAGACACUUUUUCCUCCAGACAAACCUUUGAGUGCUGAGGAGUGGGAAAAGCUGAUGGGAGAAUAUGAGGGAAAGAAAAAGUUUGAAGACGUUAUGUUUGAUCAAAUGAUCACUUACAAUAGCCCCAUAGAUGUGGCUAAAUCCUUGCUGGCUGCAGUGGCUAAUCGAGAUGGCGAUAUUGGGUAUAACCUUUUGCUUAAGUACUUGGUUCUGUGCGUCUCUCAGGAGUGCACAGAGGAGAUUUAUGAUGUCUAUGACAUUCUGAAAGCCCGAUUUAAGAUUUUAGAAACAUCAGGCUAUGGUCUUCUGAUCAGAGGUCUGAGUGGUUCACAACGCUGGAGAGAGGCCUUGUCACUUCUGGAGGAGGUUAAAAAAAUCAUGACCCCUUCAAAAGGAAACUACGGAGACUGCAUCAGGGGGGCCUUUCUUAACCAGGAAAUAAAUCUUGCAUGCAAACUAUUUCAUGAGAUGCUAGCCCAAGAUCUGAUACCAAACUUGGAUACCCUGCAAGUUUUCUUCGACACUGGCAAGAGUGUGAAGGAUGACAGCCUGAAAACUGAACUCCUUCACAUCCUCUCCUACUUAAGAGAUAAUCAAGUAUAUCCUGGGGAAACUCUUAUGCAGAGCAUAAAGCAAUGGUUUGAAAGUAUUCCGGGAGAAAACUGGAAAGGAAACUUAACUACCAUCAAAAAUAGUGGACAGUGCCCAUCUUGUAAUCAGACCUUGGAAAGUAUUAACUUGAGCCCAGAAGAAUACAAUAUUCUGAAGGAAAAAAUAAUGAAGGAUGUCAUACAAGGGACUGAUACAUUUAGGAAAACUACCCCCCAAGAACUUGAAGAAUUUCAGACAUAUGUGAAUCGGUGUCCCCCUUUCGAUAUUGUGAUUGAUGGUCUCAAUGUUGCCAGAGUUUCCAGCAAAUGCAAUCCAUCUCAAACUCUGUUGGAUGUUGUCAACUACCUAGCACAGCAGAAUCUGCGGUUGCUUGUACUGGGACGUAAACACAUGCUGAAAACAUCUCGUCAGUGGGACAGAAAUAAUAUGGUUGCUGUGCAGAAGAAAGCAGACUUCUUUUUUACUGAAAACAUAUCUGAAGAUGAUCCAUUCCUGCUCUAUGCUGCUCUUCACUCGGGAAGUCACUGUAGGUUUGUUACCAGAGAUCUCUUACGAGAUCACAAGGCUUGUCUCUCUGACAGUCUUACUCGACGCCUGUUCUUUAAAUGGCAGCGUGGACAUCAGAUGGUGCUGUCUAACUACACACCAAGAAAGAGGAUAAAGUUUGAGUCUGUUUUGCAUUACGAUACGAUUGUGCAGACUACAGGUAACACAUGGCAUAUUCCCUAUGAUGACAACUUCUUGGAAAGAUCUUCUUAUGAAGUUCCAACAAAAUGGCUUUGUCUUCAACAGAAAUAAAGGAUGCAUUGCUCCAAACCAAAAAUAAACCCAAGGCGGCUUACAUAUGGUUCCCAGGCAGUCUCCCAUCCAGGCACUGACCAGACCAGACCUGACCCUGCUUAGCUUCAGCAGGGUGCUGGCCUCAUGUACCUUCAGACCAUAGGCUGGGACCACGCCCACCUUUCCUUAAGUGGAGUAGUUUAAGCAUAGCAAGCUGAAAACAUGCAUCUUGGGCAGGCCAAGUUUUUCCCCCCCAACAGCUAGAUUCAUUGCUUAAGUAGCAACAUACUGUAAUCAGUCUGAUUUUACAUCAAACUGCCGUUUCAGAUUCAACUGUGUAUGCACCCAGAAUAGAAAUAGAACAUAACCUCCAGUUUGAAACACAAAAGGC